UGCGGCUCGUUCUCCCGUUCGUUUCAGUUGCGAUUGGUCGGUGCGAGUCGGUGCGAGCGGGAUGCAGUGAUUACGUUGGUUCCGUCUCGCAAACAGCGACCGAGGGUAUGAGAUUGGAUAAUGUGUCGUUAAUGUCGGUACCAAUACGCUUACAGUUCCGUGCUCCGUCACGCAAGAAGAGGAUGUGUGUUUAAAGUUUAGCUAGGCACUUCAGUCGAAUAUUGUUUGAAAGCCAAAUAGUAGUUAUUCCCCUCUGCAAACAGUCACAUCUUGUUAUUCCGGAGAGGCAGGCAGACAAAGUUUGUUCAACAUUAUAAUAUAUAAACAUAAUAUAAUAAUAAAGCACUCGCGCGCGCGAGCUGACGCUUUUUCCUCGGGAAUUCGAGUGCGCCGUUUAGGGAUUUUCCUUGCGACGACGGGAUUUUCCACCGGGAUUAUCGAGUAUUUUCGUUGGUUUGAUUUUUCGCGUGUGUGAAAAUUUCGACUCCGAGUGAGUGAGUGCAGCAGCUGUGACAUUGGCUCCAUUGGGAGGCGGGAAUACAAGUGAGCUUUCGUGUGAAGCAGCUGCUCGUCCCCCGCAGAAGAGGACUUGAAGAGCAUAUGUGCGGCAAGUGGUGGAAUGCUGUGGAGUGUUUUUCGUGAAAUUUUCGGACAUUGAGUGAGAAGAGAACGAGUGCCGAAAGGGACCAUAUAGCCGAAAAUUGGUGUCGUCACGCACGCACAGCACACGCACGCACGUAUCCUUGGUAGUGGUGGCGGCGCCGUACGACGGAGAGUCCUUCAGAGACCUAUCGAAGAGAUCGGCCCAGUGCCGGAUGCCAUAUUACCAUCUCGCGUGGCCCGAGAGGAGCGCACAUAUUUGCUUUUCCAAUCAGUAAAACGACACUGGUGUUUGGGUUGCAACGAGUCAACAUCGAACCGAGCUAAGGGAAGGAGCCACCGUUGUUUAGUGUAGUGGCAGCCCCGAAAAACGCUUAAGCCUUGAGCCUCUAGAGAGUAACGACUACGACUACGACUACCAAGAGGACGACGACGAAACCUGUUGAAACUCCCCCCGGAAUCCCGGUGCGGCGUCUCUGUGUACAGAGUUUGUUUGCCAGCGGUCCUGUGAACUGUGAAGAAGGACUUUUGCUCCAGCUCCCAGAGUGUCCAGGGGCCUCGAGAACCGGGUACAAGUAGUUAAGUUUUUGUGUCCACACAAAACUCGGUCUCGAACGUCAUCUCAGCCGUAUCGUAUCGACGACAACGACGACGUCGGGUGACAGUUUGUGUUCGAAAAGGAAUCGACUAUUAAACUCUUGGUGUGUACACUGGGAGUGUGACCCCCUCCCGUCCGUGCCGAGUGUCCAAGAUAUUACCAAACUCCCGUGUCCCCGAAGUGUUGUUCUCCGUAGUGGCGCGCGCGGUAACUGCCGGAGUGUGGGAACAAGCAUGUUUGUGUGUUUGGAAUUGUUUGUGUUUAUUAUUGAAUUUUAAAUAGGAGGGUGCUCGGUUGUUGUUGCAGUUUCCCGCUGUUAGGAAAUCGAAGGAAUACCCCCCCAACGACAGUGUGAACAAAUAAACAAAGCAUAACCUGGUCAAGAUAACCGGUAACGGAGUGAUAAACAAUUUCGGUGAUUGCAUUCAGGAAUGUGAACCUCACGCUCUGAGCGAUUGAGAACGGGAGAUGAUUGAUCUGUGCUUAUGCUACUACGUCCCGCUGAUCAGAAGUAGUAUUGAAAAGUGAUUUUGAUUGAUUUGUAUGUGCACGGUCUUACGGGGCCGGGAAGACAAAGUUCGAAUUGAAGGAAAUUAAAUCGAUAACAUAGCGAAGACCAUAAUACAGUGAAGUGAAAAUGCAAAAACUCUAUCCGGAAACAUCGAUCAACAGUACCAGCAUGGCCGGCGGGAAUAUGAGUCCGAUGACGUCAACCUACAGUAUGAACAGUAUGGGCAUGACGGUCGGAGGAAUGUCCUCGGUGUCGCCACAGGGUGGCAACUUCGGUGCUGGCGUGCUCGGUAGUUCCGGAAUGUCCGGAAUGGGUGCCGCCAUGAACACCAUGUCCAGCCAAUGCCUAGCGACCGCUCCAAUUGGGUACAGUUCGAUGGGAUCGCCCAUCACCAACAUGGGUUCCUGCAUGGGUGGCAACGGAAUGAGCUCCAUGGCUGCCAUGACCGGAUACUCCAGCGUACCCGGUAGUCGUGAAGUACUCGGUGAUCCAGGUUCCCCCAACUCUGCCGCUCUACAGCGAGUCCGAACUGAGAAACCCGCGGCAACCUACCGGAGGAAUUACACCCACGCCAAACCGCCGUACUCGUACAUCUCCCUCAUCACAAUGGCCAUCCAGAACAACCCGCACAAAAUGCUAACCCUGGCGGAAAUCUACCAAUUUAUUAUGGACCUGUUUCCGUUCUACAGGCAGAAUCAACAGCGAUGGCAAAAUUCGAUCCGACACUCGCUCAGCUUCAACGAUUGCUUCGUCAAAGUGCCCCGAACGCCGGACAAACCCGGCAAAGGUUCCUUCUGGACGCUGCACCCGGACUCGGGCAACAUGUUUGAAAACGGUUGCUACCUUCGACGGCAGAAGCGCUUCAAAGACGAAAAGAAGGAAAUUAUUCGUUCGAUGCACAAGAGUCCGGCGCACAGUAUGGACGCGACCAGUCCGGACAAGAAAGACUCCCACGAAGACCAUCAUCACCAUCACCGGGAUCACAAGGUCACCGUCGAUACCCAUGGAAUGCUGAAUGCCACCCACGGUAAGGAUACCGACGCCCUGGCCAUGCUACAUGCUACCGCCGACCUCUGCCUAGCGCAGCAGUCACAUACCCAGCACGGUUCCCAUCACCAGCAGCUCCAGCAAGAGGAAUUGUCCGCCAUGGUAAACCGAUGCCAUCCGUCGCUGCUCAGCGAUUACCACUCCAUGCACCUCAAGCAGGAACCCCCCGGCUACACGCCCUCUAGUCACCCGUUCUCCAUCACCCGGUUGCUACCGACGGAGUCCAAGGCAGACAUCAAGAUGUACGACAUGAGCCAGUAUGCCGGUUACAACGGCCUUAGCCCUCUACAAAACUCACAUGCAGCAGCAGCCGCCCUGGGACAGGAUUCCUACUACCACCAGAGUCUCGGUUACCACCAUGCAUCGGCCGGAACCACCAGCUUGUGACAUCAGUACCCGUUGGCAUAAGUGAAACUUAAGAACUACUACGGUUGCGGAGCCAACAGCAACAACACCCAUCACUUUAGCCAUCAUCACAAUCCGAAUAGCUUCGGCCACAACCACCACAACAACAACGUUUUUUCGAUCGAAACCGAAGACUUCGGAGGCAAAGAUUAAGUUUCGCAUUAUGACCAACUGGGUGAGCAGCGAGGAACACGUCACACAGGCUCCGGGUCUCCAGCCCCAGCAAAGCUAAUUGAUGACACUGGCAGCAGACGAAAUCAAAAUGUGCAAUUAAAUUCGUGUAACAAAUCGUCACUUUCACCAAUACAAAUGUAGAUUGUAUUUCGAGUCCCUUCCCAGUCCAAUCCGAUCCCUUCGAUCCUCACAUUUGUACAGACCAACAACCACCACCAGAGAAGUAGAGAUAAGAAACUAAGUUUGUGAAUUUAAUCUGAGUAAAUACUACUGGGAAGGGAAGCCGAUCGUCAUCGUAGGAUGUAAGCAAAUUUUAUUCGUUUCAUUUCCGCAAUAUUAAAUCAAAGGUGUACAUAUUUUAUUAUCUUUAUGUCUAAGUCGAAUCUUUUAUAUAUACAAACAAAAAUAUACGAAGGAAUAACAUAACAACAAACAACCAGCUCUAGUAGUAUACAUAAAGUGAAUCAAAGAAUCUUGUAAAUAGUUUUAUUAUUUUUCUAAUUUCUAUCAGGGGCAUAGUUAAAACGAACCAUUCCAUCUCAUUAUGUAAAAAAAAAAAAACAAGUUGGGAAAACAAAACUGGAGCAACCUAGCAGCCGAAUUACACAAAUCAAACCUUAACCAGUAAAUAUUAUUUUCCCAAACCAUCGUUUUCCUCUAGGGCUCAUAAACACAGUUAACUUCAAACUUUCAAACUAAAAGAAUCGUAGAACACACACACACACACCCACAGAUAAACAAACCCAAAACCAAAAUGAUUCUGAAGUUGAUUUCGAAUACUAAACGUAGGUCAUACAUAAAUAUCCUCUUUUAUCAGCUCUGAAUCGGUAGUUAGACACAUUUUUAUAUUUAAUUGAAUUGCCAUUCAAGACAUGUUCGGAAAGAGAAAAUCUCAAUUUUAUUCUUUUGUAGAGAAUCGAUUCCGAAAACAAACGACAAAAAAAUCAAAACAAGGAAAAUCACACCCUCAAAAACAUAAAAACAAACCAGAAAGCCACAAACAAUUGUGCACAAAGGGAGAGAAAAAUGUGAAAAAAUAAUAAGCUAAGUGAAGUAAAUUAUAACGAAAAACAAAACAAAAACAAGAACGGAACGAAAGGUUUUAGGAAAGUGGGGAAAAAUUCUCUUAUAUAAAUUGUAAUACGAUGCUAAACGGAAGAAGCAUGUUGCACAAAUACAUCAGCACACACACCCACACCCACACGCACACAAGCACACACACCCAAGUGAAGUGUGCGAGUGCGAACCGAACUAAGCAAGAGUAAAUAGUAGCAGAGGAAGCGCGCGAAACGCGGUGUUCUGUGAGCAUUAAUUUAAACAAUAAUUUAGCAACUCUCGUUUUUUGUCAUAAAGUAUGAAAAUUGAAUAAAAACAAGGAAAUAAAUCAAUUAAGUGUUUUAAAAAUUCAUCUCGA